AUGAAAUCCAACAAGAAUUUCAACUUCUUGUUUGCGACAACUUUACUACACUUAGUAUUGCUAUGUUACUCGCAUUCAGUUCAUGAAUCCGAAGCUAUACAGUCUAUUCUGAAGCGUUUGGACAGCAAGAAGCCGUCUCCAACAGAGCAAGAAUCUGCCGCCAGAGGUGUUCUUCAGAGACUGCUUCCCACUCAUUUAUCCAGUUUUGCCUUCAAGAUUAUUGCAAAGUGCUUCAUACAUUCUAAUGGCCAAUCCAGGAUAAAAGGAACUACAGCAGUUGAUAUCACAUCAGGACUGCACUGGUAUCUAAAAUACUGGUGUGGUGCUCAUGUAUCUUGGGACAAGACUGGUGGCGUACAGCUUGGUUCAGUUCCCUCACCAGGAUCACUCCCUCUCGUGAAAGAUGAGGGUGUGAUGAUUCAACGUCCGGUGCCGUGGAACUACUACCAAAAUGUUGUCACUUCUAGCUAUUCCUAUGUUUGGUGGGAUUGGGAAAGGUGGGAGAAAGAGAUCGAUUGGAUGGCACUUCAAGGAGUUAACCUUCCUCUGGCAUUCACAGGACAGGAAGCUAUUUGGCAAAAAGUUUUUGCAGAGUUUAAUAUUACGAAGAAUCAUUUAAAUGAUUUCUUUGGGGGACCUGCAUUUCUUGCUUGGGCACGUAUGGGCAACUUACAUGGAUGGGGUGGCCCCUUGACUCAGAAUUGGUUAGAUAAACAGUUAAUGUUGCAAAAGAAAAUAUUAUUUCGAAUGCUAGCGCUUGGGAUGACCCCAGUUCUUCCGUCAUUUUCUGGGAAUGUUCCAGCUGCAUUAAAAACCAUAUUCCCCUCGGCAAACAUAAGCAGACUAGGGGACUGGAACACUGUUAAUGGCAAUCCACAAUGGUGUUGUACUUAUCUUUUAGAUCCUUCUGAUCCUUUAUUUGUAGAAAUUGGAGAAGCGUUCAUGUUACAACAGAUUAAAGAAUAUGGAGAUGUCACUGACAUUUAUAGCUGUGAUACAUUUAAUGAGAACUCUCCACCUACCAAUGACCCAAUGUACAUCUCGUCCCUUGGUUCUGCAGUAUAUAAGGCAAUGUCUAAAGCCGACAAAGAUGCAGUGUGGCUAAUGCAGGGUUGGCUCUUUUAUUCAGAUUCAUCAUUUUGGAAGCCCCCACAAAUGAAGGCACUCCUACAUUCUGUUCCAUUUGGGAAAAUGAUAGUGCUUGAUCUAUUUGCGGAGGUCAAACCAAUUUGGAAAUCGUCGUCCCAAUUUUACGACACUCCUUAUAUAUGGUGCAUGUUGCAUAACUUUGGUGGAAAUAUUGAGAUGUAUGGCAUUCUAGAUGCAGUGGCAUCGGGCCCAAUUGAUGCUCGUGUUAGCAAGAAUUCGACCAUGAUUGGUGUAGGCAUGUGCAUGGAAGGGAUAGAACACAAUCCUGUCGUGUAUGAGCUGAUGUCGGAAAUGGCGUUUCGAGGUGAUCGACUUGACCUGCAGGAAUGGUUGACAGAGUACUCCCGGAGACGAUAUGGUAAAUCUGUUAAGCAAGUCGAGACUGCAUGGAAAAUUCUUCAUCGCUCUAUAUAUAACUGCACGGAUGGAAUUGCAGACCAUAACACAGAUUACAUAGUAAAAUUUCCAGAUUGGGAUCCAUUGAUAAAUAAACAACGUGAUGCACGUGAGUUUGUUAAGAGGCACGGGCUCGUUGGUAUGCAACCAAACAGAAGGUUCCUUCUCCAUGAAACAAGUCCUUCUUUGCCUCAGCCCCAUUUAUGGUAUGACAAUCGGGACUCUAUCAGCGCAUUGAAGUUAUUCCUUGAUGCUGGAGACGAACUUGCUGGCAUCCCGACGUACAGGUAUGAUUUGGUCGACUUAACUAGGCAGUCGCUCUCAAAGCUUGCGAACGAGGUAUAUCUGAAUGCAAUAUAUGCUUUCCGGCAUAAGGAUGCGCAAGCUUUAAGUUCCCACUCUCUGAAGUUCAUCCAACUCAUCAAAGACAUCGACAAACUUCUUGCAACGGACGAUAAUUUCCUACUCGGGCCUUGGCUCGAAAGUGCAAAAGGGCUGUCCCUCAAUGCAGAUGAGAGGAAACAGUACGAGUGGAAUGCAAGGACGCAAGUAACAAUGUGGUAUGACAACACUGAGUACGAGCAGAGCCAGCUUCACGAUUAUGGUGAGCCGGGUUUCCUUCUUCGUUUGCUCGAGCUUUUUGUGUUUGUGAAAACUCGAUCACCACUUAUUUUUUUUAAAUUGUGGACCUCAGCAAACAAGUUUUGGAGCGGGCUGUUGGAGAAGUACUAUCUUCCACGAGCAUCCAUGUAUUUUACGCGUCUGUUGAGGAGCUUGAACGAGAACAAGAAAUUCGAGUUGUUGGAGUGGAGGAAAGAGUGGAUUGCAUACUCGAACGAGUGGCAGGCCGGAGUCGAGGCUUACCCCGUGAAGGCGCAGGGCGAUGCUCUUGCUGUAGCGGAGGAGCUCUACCACAGAUACUUCGCCUAGGGCACGGAUAUCGAGGCGCCGGCGACGAGCAUCUCCAAACGCAGCUGCAUAUUUUUUCUUAUACUGUAUCAAUGUGCAGCGAAUAAAUUGUUGGUUGCGACAAAGCCAAAAUGGUGAUUUUUUCCAUCUACAUUGAAUGAUGAGAAGUGUGAUGUUUCUCCAUUAGUGUAAGGCUUUGAUUUUAAGUCUGCACUUACUAGUAACAUUGUAAUUAUACCGUAUUGGUCGGGUGGUAGAGUGGUUCUUGAGUUCAA